AUGGACAUGCUGAACGCGCGCUACUGGAUCAAGGAGAAUAUGACGUGGUACUACACGUUGGAGGCGACAUUCUACUACUCCCUGCUGCUCGGCGCAUUUUUUGACGUGCGCCGCUCAGACUUUUGGCAGUUGAUCUUCCACCACGUCGUGACGCUCGGCCUCCUCUCCGCCUCGUGGGCCAUCAAUUUUGUUCGGGUCGGGACCCUGGUGCUCGUCUCGCACGACAUUGCCGACGUGUUCCUCGAGGGCGGCAAGCUUGUACGCUACGCCGGAAAGCAUAAGAUGUUGACCAACGUGUGCUUCGUGUUGUUCAUGUCCAGUUGGAUUCUCACCCGCCUCACCUACUAUCCACUCAUCGUCAUCCGGUCGGCCUUUUUUGACGCGGCCGACUUGAUACAGCCCGACUAUCAAAUCUUCAACCCGUUGCAGGUUCCCUACGUGCCGCGGCUGAUCAUCAUCAUGUUGGUCGCCCUCUUCCUGCUGCACAUCUUCUGGACGUACAUCAUCGGAAAAAUCGUCGUGCGGACGAUACAAGAGGGUGAGGCGGCCGAUGUGCGCUCCGACAGCGAGGACGAGGCCGAGGAGCAGGAAGUGCGCCGGAAACGACUCACAAAAACGAAACAACAAACGAAAAAGGAAGAC